UGUGGGUGCGGUGCUGGGGCGGGAGUGCACGCGGGGCAGGGUCAGGCGCCCCUCCCGCACCCUUCCGCAGACAAGGACGUGUCAAGGUAAUUUAGUGGACAGGCAGGUGGACAGGGCCAGGAUGUAGGGCAGGAGUGAAGGGUAGGACGUGCCUGCCAAGGGCGUUCCCUCCCCCCUGUGAGGUAUGACGAGGCAGCGCUCCAGGCUCCCGCUAUAAAAGAUCCGGCCACCGAGGUGCUGGCAUCAGUCACUGACCACAGCACUCAGCAUCAUGCACUUUGUGAUCGUCACCCUCCUGGCCUCCGUGGCCCUCGCCGCCCCCACAUACGACACCUCCAGCGAGAAGGAGGCGCCCAUCCUGAAGUACGACCGCAUCCAGGAGGACGACGGCAGGUACAACUAUGAGUUCGAGACUGGGAACGGCAUCAGCCACUCCCAGUCCGGCUCACCGGGAGACGACACCGGCGCCAUCAACAAAGCCGGACAUUACUCAUACACUGCUCCUGACGGCACCAGGGUGGAAAUGAAGUUCGUGGCCAACGAGAACGGUUUCCAGCCUGAGUCUCCUCUGCUCCCUGUGGCCCCCGAGUUCCCCCACCCCAUCCCCCAGUUCGUGCUGGACCAGAUCGCCUUUGCAGCUGAGCAGGACGCCGCCCGCGCCCGCGGUGAGCUCAGCAGCGAGGAGGGUGCCUACAGUUACAACUUGGCGGAGCGUGGCUAUCAGCUUGGCAGUGCAGUGGUUUCUGAGAAUGUAGAGGCUAUGUAUUUGCCGCUUAAUGACUUUUUCGUCCCAGUACUAAAAAUUCCGCAUCCAGCUGGUAUGAGAAAGUCAGCACACUUCCUGAGGCUAAGCGUGUACCCAGAGCGGCAAACCUCGAGGGUGGAGCAAGACGCAUUCGAGGAGGAGGAGGAGAACGAAGGAAGGAGGAGAAAGGAGCCUGUCGAGGGAGGGACUGAAGGCCGGGCAUACAGGAGGGCGCACACACAAGGGCGUCAGUCAACACCACGUGGCCGUCACGACUAUAUAAGACGGUGGGGUAAGCUUUAUCGCCACCAAUCCCUCAGCAGGACCUCCAGCACCAUGAAGCUUGCCAUCAUCGCCGCCCUGGCCGCUGUGGCCGUUGCUGCCCCCCAGUACACCAUCCCCGAGCCCAAAUCUACUUACGGCUCCCCUGCCGCGUCUGCCAGAGAUGACUCUUAUGAGAUGGUGGAGGUGGUGCCCAUCCUGAGAGACGACCGCGUCAUGGAGGAAGACGGCCGCUACUCCGUGGACGUGGAGACCGGCAACGGCAUCACCCUCUCCCAGUCUGGCACUCCUGAAGGCCCCGAUGGCUCUGUCAUUAAGGCAGGAAGAUACUCAUACACCGCCCCUGACGGUACCCUGGUGGAGGUGAAGUUCGUGGCUGACGAGAACGGUUUCCAGCCAGAGUCACCCCUGUUGCCCGUGGCUCCCGAGUUCCCGCAUGAAAUCCCUCAGUUUGUGUUGGACCAGAUCGCCUUCGCUGCCGAGGAGGACGCCGCUCGCGCCCGCGCAGAGGCUUCAGAAGUUCAAUCCUAUUCUAAGCCAGCACCUUCCCCUUCCCUCAAGUACGGCAGUCCUCAGUAACGAGGCACCGCACCGGCGCACCUGAAUCUCGCAACCACCUGAUGUAAAUGUACAGUAUUUAUUUUCUUAUCUGACAAACUGUGAGCAUGUUAUGUACGAGACUAAUAAUUAUUAUGAAUGAAUGUGUGGCAUCAUC